CCAUUAUUCCAGGCGUGUUUACAUAACGUGUACAGUACGGACAGGGCGGGCGGCGGGGGAGGUACGGAGAGUUAACGUGACGUCUCGCGCUGACGUGACGUGUGAGUGAGUGAGGGACAGUGUCCAGAGUGGUAAGGAGGAAAAGCAAAAGAGGGCGGCGUAUCCGAGUCGCGUCGUCCGGGUGCACUGUGCGUUUUUCCCCUCCCUCCCUCCAAAUCAGAAUUUCCACCUGACAAAAAAAAUACGCGACAUUCAAUUACUUAAUGUUCAGAACAGGAUUGUUCAACCACCCUUUUUACCGAUAGAGAUAAUAUUCAAGCACAACCGGUAUUCACAAAAGCACGCGGAUGCGCUUGGAAACAUAAGGACAUUUGCUUAAAAAAACAUUUUCGACGAGUCGCAAGAUAUCCGACGGAAAUAUGGCAUUCUAAGCGAGCCUCUUGUAUUUAAACGCACACAAUUGCCAGUUGGAUUCAACUUCCCGGUCGGUUACUGACUGUUCAAGAUGACGUCUCAGCGCAGAGCAACUGCCAAACAGUGCUGUGAAAGGCUGGCCCUGUCUUUACUCCUCCUCAUGGUCUACAUCUUCCCCCCGGUCUCUGUGGCGCUGCAUAAUUUAACAGCUGGAGGUUGCGCCAUCAUCCGGCCGCCGAGAGAUGGAGGGAUCCGCUACCGGGGACUGACCCAGGAGCAGAUCCGCAGUGUGCAGAUCCUCCCGCUGGAUUAUGAGAUAGAGUACAUCUGCAGGGGCAGCAGAGUGAUCGUGGGGCCCAAGGUGAGGAAGUGCCUCCCCAACGGCACCUGGACCGACCUGAGCCUGCGCAGCCGCUGCUUGCUGCAGUGCCCCCAUGUGUGGGCGUCGCUGGAGAAUGGGCAGGUGGAGCUGUGGCCCCCGGGCCCCCCCGUGGAGGGGACCCUGCUGCAGUACAGCUGCCUGCCCGGAUUCUCCCUGGGGGGACGCAACGUCAGCCAGUGCACCAAGCUGGGGAAGUGGGACUCCCCCAAACCCGUCUGCCACUAUGACCGGAAUUACCCAGGCAAAAAGAAGCUCUACAUUGGAGCGCUGUUCCCCAUGAGCGGCGGCUGGCCCGGGGGACAAGCUUGCCGACCGUCCGCUCAAAUGGCCCUGGACCUGGUCAAUAACAGAACGGAUAUUCUCCCGGAUUACGAGCUGGAGUUGAUCUACUAUGACAGCAAGUGUGACCCGGGUGAGGCCACGCGCUUGCUGUAUGACCUGCUGUACACGGAGCCCAUAAAGAUUGUGCUGAUGCCCGGCUGCAGCUCCGUGUCCACCCUGGUGGCUGAGGCGGCCCGCAUGUGGAACCUGAUCGUGUUGUCCUACGGCUCCAGCUCCCCGGCGCUCUCGAACCGGCAGCGUUUCCCCACCUUCUUCCGCACGCACCCAUCGGCCACCCUGCACAACCCCACCCGCGUGCAGCUCUUCCAGAAGUGGAAGUGGACCAAGAUCGCCACCAUCCAGCAGACCACCGAGGUCUUCACUUCGACUCUGGAUGAUUUGGAGCAGAGGGUGAAGGAGGCUGGCAUAGAGAUCAGCGUGAGACAGAGCUUCCUGACCGACCCCGCUGUGGCUGUCAAAAACCUCAAGCGGCAGGACGCCCGGAUCAUCGUGGGACUGUUCUACGAGACAGAGGCACGGAAAGUGUUCUGUGAGGUCUUUAAGGAGAAGCUCUUUGGGAAGAAAUACGUCUGGUUUCUGAUUGGCUGGUACGCAGACAACUGGUUCAAAAUCAAGGAUCCGUCGAUCAACUGCACGGUGGAGAACAUGACGGAGGCCGUGGAGGGUCACGUGACCACAGAGAUCGUCAUGCUGAACCCCGAGACCGUCCGGGGCGCCUCAAACCUGACCUCGCAGGAGUUCCUGGUCCAGCUGAUGUCCCGCCUGGGGGGGAAGAACCCGGAGGAGACGGGGGGCUUCCAGGAGGCCCCGCUGGCCUACGACGCCGUUUGGGCGCUGGCUUUGGCCCUCAACAAGACCGUGGGGCCCCUGAGGGCCCGCGGCCGGCGGCUGGAGGACUUCAACUACAACAACCGCGACAUCACCGCAGAGAUCUACCGCGCACUGAACACCAGCUCCUUCGAAGGGGUGUCUGGUCAUGUAGUUUUUGAUGCCCAGGGUUCGAGGAUGGCCUGGACGCUUAUCGAGCAACUACAAGGGGGAAGCUAUAAGAAGAUUGGUUACUAUGACAGCACCAAGGGGAACCUGUCCUGGUUCGGCAAUGACAAAUGGAUAGGUCCUGGUCCCCCAGCUGACCAGACGGUGGUCAUUGAGGAGUUCCGCUUCCUGUCUCAGAAGCUCUUUGUCUCUGUGUCGGUCUUCGCUGGCCUUGGAAUUCUCCUGGGCGUCCUGUGCCUCACAUUCAAUAUCUACAACAGUAAUAUUAGGUACAUUCAGAACUCUCAGCCCUACCUGAAUAACAUGACGGCGGUGGGCUGUAUGCUGGCCCUGGCCGCCGUGUUUCCGCUGGGCAUCGACGGUCUCCACGUGCGCCGCUCGCAGUUUCCCGUCGUCUGUCAGUUUCGGCUCUGGUUGCUGGGCCUUGGAUUCAGUCUGGCCUACGGCAGUAUGUUCACAAAGAUCUGGUGGGUUCACACCGUCUUCACCAAGAAGGACGAGAAAAAAGACAAGAGAAAGCAGCACCUGGAGCCAUGGAAACUCUAUGCCACUGUCGGCGUGUUGCUUGGCAUCGACAUCCUGUCGCUCAUGAUCUGGCAGAUUGUGGAUCCUCUGCACAUAACCAUAGAGAAGUUCACCAGAGAAGCACCAAAGGGGGACCUGGACGUCCUGAUCCAGCCACUCCUGGAGCACUGCAGCUCAGAGAAGAUGAACACCUGGCUAGGGGUGGUCUAUGGCUACAAGGGCCUGCUGCUGCUGCUGGGCAUAUUCCUGGCCUAUGAGACCAAGUCCGUUUCCACGGAGAAGAUCAACGAUCACCGGGCGGUGGGGAUGGCCAUCUACAACGUUUCGGUCCUGUGUAUGAUCACUGCUCCUGUCACCAUGAUCCUGUCCUCCCAGCAGGACGCCUCCUUUGCCUUCGCCUCCCUGGCCAUCGUCUUCUCCGUCUACAUCACCCUGGUGGUGCUCUUCGCCCCCAAGAUGCGCAGGUUGAUCACUCGAGGCGAGUGGCAGUCGGAGCAGCAGGAGACCAUGAAGACUGGCUCGUCCACCAACAACAACGAUGAGGAGAAGUCUCGGCAGCUGGAGCGAGAGAACAAGGAACUGCAGAAGAUCAUUCAAGAGAAAGAAGAGCGGGUGUCUGAGCUUCGGAACCAGCUGAGCGAGAGGCAGGCUCUCCGGUCCCGAAGACGCCCCUCCACCGCCACCCAACAGCAGAACCACAGCACCCCGCUGCCCGCCGCCCCCCAGAACGACCCCAAAUCCCUCCUGCCCCCACCCGGGUACCCCCUCCCUGCUUCCGACAACCACUCCAUCCCUCCCUCCUUCUCCAACUCCUCCAGCCUCUACCAGUCUGACGGCAAGAUCAGCCUGAACAACUGCCACACCAGUCACCUGCAGCUACUCUACAAGUGAGGGACAGCCAGGGGCGGGGCUACGGAGGGGAAGGGGAGGAGUCACAGAGGGGAGGAGCUGGCAACAGAAGGGAGGCUGGGGACGGGUAGUGGAGAAGGGGAAAGUCGAUGAUGGGAGGAUUUUGUGAAAGAGGGGAAGGUUUGGGAGUGAAGAGGAGGGGUCUGGGAGUGAAUGGGAGGAGUUUGUCAGGGAGGAGGGAGGAGUUUCUGAAUUAGGGAGGGAGAAGAAAUAAGCAAGCCGUGAUUUCUUUCUCCCUCUGUCUCUUUUCCUCUCUGCCUCCUGUACUUUUGUACUUAUGUACUGCAUUCACCAAUGAGCACAUACACUUACAAACACACAUACGCACACACACACAUGCACACACGGACACACAUUGUUCCUGAAAAUAAGAACAGACCCAUGUAAUGUCAUUUUUUAGUCAUCAUGAAAAGUGCAAUAAGCUAUCUGGGCACAUGAUAGUGUGUGAGAAUUGAAAGCCACAGAAAAGGUUAGGGUUAAGCCUCUGAUGGGGUUCCAUUUCCAAAUAAUCACCCACUAUCAGAGGUUCUGGGAACUAGCAGUCCUGUUUUAAAGUCUAUUCACGGGAGGAUUGCACAGAAUCGCGUACCCGCCACGCAAUCGGAACCUCAAACCAAAAUACCGGCAGACCAGACGGGGAAACAAGCACACUGAAACGGGACGGCGGUAGCGCACUGAAACGGGACGACGGUAACACACUGAAACGGGACGGCGGUAGCGCACUGAAACGGGACGACGGUAGCGCACUGAAACAGGACGGCGGUAGCACAACUCUCCCUCUUUUCUGUCCCUGUUUGAUGAUGUCAGCGAUGAUGCGCGUAGGGAGGGAGGAGUCUCAUAACCUGAAUCCCCCCUUUUCUCUGUGACACACCCAACCCCCCCAUCUGUCCUUUAAGCCAUGAGCACUUUGACACACCCAGUAGAACCAGAUUGUGGGGGG